GCUCAUGUGCUUAUAUUUAAAUGUUGUUUUACUUUAUUUGAAUAUACGUAACUGUCUGUGAGUUACUUACAGUUGUCUGAAGUAUUUAGCAUCUGUAUAAAAUUUUCUUUAGUGUCACUGCUGUAUCAGUGAGCAGUUCUAUAAUAUACUUUAGUCCUGUCCCAUUUGUGAGAGCAGUUAAACAUUUAAUGAGCUAUAACUGCUGAGUCAUUUCUAUUUAUUUAUAGGGCAAAUGUUGACCAGAGCAGUUGUGUAGUCAUGACUGUAGCCGAGACUCAAGUGCAGUUAUAAAAAGAUUGGUCUUAAAACUGAAUUUUAAAAAUGGCGAUGGACUAGAAUGGCGUGACAGUGAGAACUAAAAUGUUUCACAGACUAGGAGACAGCAAUGAAAACAAUUUAUCACCUUUGGGGUUUAACUAAAAAUGUAGAACGGAAAGCAGUAAUUGAUCAGGACAUCGAAGAAGUUUUAAGUCGGAAUAGGGACUAAAGAGAUCUGACAUACAAACUUGUGCCAAUCCGUACAGUGCUUAAAACACAAUUGAAGAAUUUCAAAAUCAAUUCUAUAUUUCAUUAGUCUCUGUUCUUGGUACUAGUGAGGUGAUUCUAGACAAACCGCAGGAAAGAAAAGGAUAACUGACUCAAAUAAAGAAAACUACAGCAGUCAAGAAGCAAGGAAAUAAAAGUAUGUACAAAAGUCUACGGAUUCCUAGGAGACAGAUAAGGUUUUAUUUUCACAAUAGACCUAACAUGGCAGAAAGCUACCACUAAUGACAGUUUGUCAAAUUUUAAGGCAGAUUCAAAUGUGACAUCUAGACCGUUGCAAGUUAAAGGGAAUUUGUCUUAAUGUCAUUUAGCCCUUCCUUUAGACAUCCAGUGUUUGACACCCUUGUGGCAAAUGAAAAGAGAUUUAGAAAUGCCCUGCUGACUUCUCUAGUAAACAAACAAAAGUUAUGUUUACAUUCCAUGUUUCUCAUUAAAAUGCAUUUUGCAUAUCCUUGAGGAUCAACAUACGGUGUUGAAUGCAUUUCCCUCCUCAUAAAAUAUACAUGAAAAAUCUUGGGAUGGCAUGUUUUCUAAAAGUAAACCCAAGUUAAAGUACAAUAGGUCCCAAAAUAGAGCCUUGAAGUACACCACAAGAGGAAGAAUCAAAGGAAGAUAAAGAUGUAUCACUUGCAACUGAAACCAAUCUGCUGAUAGGACUCAAACCAAAAUAGUAUCGUCUAGACCAGCUUGAUAUAGAGAGAAAUAACUUUUGAUAUGAUUUGGCGCUAUAUACAUAAAAACUGACUUGACUUGACCACAAGGCCUGGAAAUGAUUGACAUGAUUGAGAUGGCCCAAGAGGACAGAAUGGUAAACAUUUUCAAAAGCAGCAGAGGGGUCUAACACAAUUUAAAUAACGUAAUUUAUUUUUACUUGAAAUUUAUCCAAAAUGUUGGUAUGGUCUACAAAGGAGAGGCAAGUUAGUGGCAAGUUAUUAAGCACUGUUAGAGGGUUUUGUAACUGCAUGUUAGAGGGAGGAUGGGACGAUCUACUGACUUAAGGUGUUUAUUAUGGAUAAAAUGCUGAGCCAAAAAUGUCACUUCUUUAAAAAGGAGUGACAGAAUUACUGUAUGUCCAAUGACCAAGUAGAGGUGUAUUAAUGAACUGCUUUACUUAUUCAUGUUUGUUCAACAAAACUGUUUCUCUUUCAGGAUAAACCUUCAGUUUCUAUCCGUCACCCAAACUUAAAAGAAACAUGUUUCUCGUGAAUAUCUGCAUCUAUGCCAGCCUCAUGCUGUCCCUCCCUCAGUGUACAUAUCAGUCAUGCACAGAGGGGACACCCAGACAGUGUGUAGAUGCAGAAUUUGCUCCAGGUACCAAUUUGGCCGGGGAAGGCUUUGAUAUCACCAAAAUGGAACGUAAGGGGGCCUUUGUGCUUGACAUGAAUAGGUGGAAACGCAAGGACAAAACAUGCACCCUGUGUAGCAACCCCUAUCUGGAGAACAAAAAGCAAAAGCUCCCCUUGUCAGUGGUGGACUGGAGACCAAAGCAGUCCUGCAACAUGAAAGUAGCCAGUGCGCUCCACCGGUCCAGUGAGUCCCUGGUCAGUUCCAGCACCUCUUCUGUGGAUAACAACUGGCAGGCCAAUCUAGAUGUUAGUGUAGGUGAAAAAAGCGGCAAAGUGAUGCUAGCUGGUACCCAUUCUAAAUUGGCUGAAUACUCCAUGGAAAAAACAAAAAAUGACAAGUUCAGCUUCACAAGCCUCAGCAUGUCCUGUGAGUACUACAGCUACAGAGUGUCCGGCACUCACAAGUUGCACAGAGAAUUUCAAAAAGCACUGAAACAGCUCCCCAAAAUCUACAGCCCUGAAUACAAGCAACGUUUUUACAAACUUAUUGACAACUUCGGUACCCAUUACAUCACCAAGGUGAAGCUGGGAGGAAGUGUUCAAUCUGUGACCAGCAUCAGGCAGUGCCAGGCCAGCCUGCAGGGCCUCAGUGUGGAGGAGGUGCAGAUGUGCCUGGAAGCUGAGGCGUCAGCCAGCAUCAAAGCUGAAGCAAAAGCAGAAGUAAAACACUGCCAGAAGGACAUGGACAAGAUGGAAAUGAAGACAUCCUUCUCCGGCCUCUUCAACGACAGGUUCACAGAAAUAAAGGGGGGCCAUACCACGGAGCCGGACCUUCUAUUCUCUGCUGACAAGGAUCCAUCAGCCUACAAAGAAUGGCUGAACACACUACCACAGAAUCCAGACAUAGUCUCAUACUCCCUGGACUCACUGCAUGAGUUACUGCCCACUAACAGCCCUGUCCGCAAGAACUUGCGCUCAGCCAUUAGCCAUUACAUCCUGGAAAGGGGUCUGUGGAAGAAUUGCAGUGACCACUGUCAGGCCGGCAUCAAGAGCGACCCACGAGAUACCUGUGUCUGCCAAUGCCACAAUGACCCUGCUGUAAACCAAGACUGCUGCCCAACCCGUAAGGGUAUGGCGCGGGUCAUCAUAACUGUACAACGGGCCUCUGGUCUGUGGGGAGACCACACCACAGAAACGGACGGCUAUGUGAAGGUGUUCUUUAAUGGGCUGAUGUUCCGGCGUACUCCUGUCAUUUACAACAACAAUAAUCCACAUUGGGCCACGAUUGUCGACCUGGGCACCCAGGAUUUGUCUUCAGGAAAUAUAGUGAAAUUUGAAGUGUGGGAUGAGGACAACAAGUGGGACGACGACCUGCUGGGACAAUGUGAGCAAGUUCUGUCUGCUGGAGUCAAAGAGGAUCUCUGCAACAUGCAUCAUGGCCAGCUGUUCUACAAAUUGGCGGUGAAAUGUGCUCCAAGUCUGAGUGGAGCUACAUGCAAAGAUUACAAACCUUCACCUAUGAGUCAAAGUCUGAAGAGGCUGUAUGUGUCCCGUCAUGCACAUCCUGUUCCAAAGGCCAUCCUCUUAGAGAUGGGUGUGUUUGUGAAUGAAACAAGUUCACAGAGAAAUCAGAGUCUUACUCAAGGUUUUUCCUGCAUUGAGAAUGACAAGGCAGCUGACUCUGUCAAAUUUCAUGGUGCCUCCAGCUCUCCAGAAAACUCUGAAUGGUAUCAGAAUGGAAAACAAUGUUUUCUGGCAAGUGUUGCGCUUGGUGGAUUUCUAUCACUUCUAACUGCAAUCGCAGCAUUACGCCGAUAUAGUGGCACUGUCGUAAUUCGCACAGUCCACUGGGAAAGCACCACCAAAACUGCAAAAGACAAAGAAAAGAUCAAUCUGAUUUGGACUGCAGAAAAGCAGGGGCCAGUCCAGUUCGGUGCACCAUAGUGUUUCCGCUUAUAACAUUUUUGCCACCAAAAAAAAAAAGAAAAGAAAAAUGUCACUGAAGAAAACAAAACUAUUUUUCCUGCUGUUUAAUGAUAGUUUUAUAUCAUCAAUUGGAGUUUAUUAAUGCCAUUGCAAACAGCAGCCAAAUUCCGGGUUUCUUUAGCUACUCCACAUGUCUCUACAAGUGUGCCUGAACGUCUUGUACCGAGACUAUAAUGUCUAACGACAACUGUAAAACAUUAUUCAUUAUAAUAUAUAACAGCAUGACUGCCACCUAUACUGAUAAAAGCAAAUACAUUUUACAGAAGGAAGUAAAAUUAUCAAAUUAAAUUACAGAAAAAAGGACAGGCAGUCUUAUAAAAGUGUCCAGUAAAAGUGUGUGAGAGGGGAUUACUUAAAAUACAAAUAUUUUUACAAUUAUUUUUUUAAAUGCUUCAAAAAUAGGAGCUCUUUGUUUGUGUAAAUAAUAUUUUACCAGCAGAAUAAAAUUUGAGCUUAUCAAGCCUUUGUGAACUGCUACUUCAGUACAAAAAAGACUAUCACUGGGACAAUAGAAAAUUGCAGAUGAACACUUAAUAUCCAGGAAUUCACAUUAUAGACACCACUGACUAUCCAUGUAACAAUUUGGCCACAGUUUAUUCAUAAUUAUAUUUUUUUUCCAAUCAUGUAGUUAUUAGAACUCCUAAAAUGUGUUGCUUGUAAUAAGUGUUUCCUUGAGCCAGCUGAAGGCACAGUACACAUUAUCAGGGUGGUACCACCUUCACCUCAUUUUGAGCCAGGAAAAACACCCAUUACUGCAGAAACUCAAAUGUAAGAUUCGAUACAACACCCAUGUUUGGCUUUUCUGAGGCUUACAUGAUCUUUUUACUAGGUGUAUCGAUGAGGUUAACUGAAGCAAAAUCUUUUAACAUCCAUUGUUAAAUCUGUACUUGUCACAAAGGAUGAGAAGUAUGUCUGCUGGGGAAGAAUGUUUUAUGUGCUGACAAAGCGGCUGAACUGAAUUAUGGAGAAUGUUACUAUGGAGAAUGUUGCUAUAUAUACUAAAUAAUUUGUUUGAAAGAAAAGUUAUGUUAAUGUAGGCUCUCAGAAAUCAGCAUCCACAAAUGAUCCAGCUGACUGAGAUGUACUUGUAAAAUGUUGUAACAUAUUAAAAAUAUUAAUAAAAGCAGUGUCAGACAAGAUACUUCUGUUUUAUAUACUACAUCUGCAUGAUGUUUGUAUCAUAUAGUACCCACUGUGCUUUAGACACUGGCCUGGUCUGUCACAGGACAGCACAGUAUACGCAGCACAUCAUCUAAAAGUUCUUGCAGCUGUCAAAAUAUGAAUGUGAUUCAAUGUAGCUUUUACUUAUGGACUUAUUUAUGCCUUUUUUUACUCCCAUACCUUUAGAUAAAAUUGAAAUGUUUGCAGAUUUUAUGUAUUGUGCAAUCACUUUGUAGCAUUUUCGAAUCUAUAUAAACAUAUAUAACAUAUAUAUAUUCAAGUGUAUUUUAUGUAUUUUAAUCACAUUAUUAUUUUGUCUGUUAUGGUUUCAUAUGUUUAUUCAUAUUAAAGGCAUAAUUUCUGAA